UAUGCAAAAUUAAUUUCUAAGCCCUAUCUAUUUGUCAGCUCAUCAAUUAGCAGAACUCUUUAACAAUUCUUAAUCUGAGAUUAAAUUCGGAAAUGAAUCCAAAAUUGUCUCUUAAACCAAUCUUGAUUCCCCACCAGAAUAACCACAUGAAUUUAGCUUCUCUGAAUUUCAAUAAAUAAAUUCCAAUUCAUCUAUUCCAGAAAAUAAUAUAGAAACUGCAAAUUUCAUUGUAACAAAAGAGUAAUAUAUAUAACUCAUCUCUCAAGUUGAAUUGAAUAAGUAACUCAACUAAUAAUAUCAUCAAUUAAUUAAAGAGAAUCAAGAACAAUUACAAAAGCGUAAAUAACUUGAAGAUGAAAAUGCAGAAAUGUUAGAUUCCAAUUUCCAAAUCAAAAGAGAGAUUUAAGAAAUUAAACAAAAAUUAUUUAUUACCCAAAGUGCUCUAUAAUUACGCAAGGAUAAAUAGAUCAUUGAACUUAAAAAUCAAUUGAAAGAAUUGUAACAAAAACAAUCUGAAAAAAGAGACACUCUUUAAUCAAUAACCUUUACUGAAAAUAGCACUGUUGAAUCAGAAAAAUCUAAUUCAUAGUAUUGUAAUACAAGCAGAUUGGUUAGAGUGGAUUAAAGUUCCUCACAUCAUUAAUCAAUCAAGCCCUAUAAAAGUAGAAACAAUUCAUUGAUUAAGUUAAUCAAGAAUUGA